UAAAUGGAAAGAUUUAUAUAUUGUGCAUCAAUCUUUGGUAUGCAAAGUCAUAGAAAAAACUUUAUGAAGAUGUAAGGCAUAUUAUGCUACAAAAGUCAAGCUGUGGCACAUGUUUAUCUGGUUUACGAGGGUGGCCAGGGAACACUGUGUCGUGUUGUUGACCGGCUGGCGGUGGUGCCGUGUGUUGGACUUUAACAAUGGGUGAGCUUACGUGAGUAUUCCUGAGUCAGUGUCUGGCAGUAAGUGUGACUUCCAGUACAUCACACUACCAGAGUGCUUCAUCCUCCAGUUGGACCUCCAGUACAUCACACCACCAGUGCUUCACACUCCCAGGUUGGAUCACACCGAUAUUAUAUCAUUCAGCAGAAGAUAAGAAGAAUAUAGAAGUUAGGUCACAGCUCUUGGUCUCAUCAAGUGAGGGAGACUCAGUAAAACUAGAGACUGUUUGUGUCUUAGUGGAGAACUAAACCCGUCGAUUUGUGUAUCAUUGUGAAGCUGGACACAAAAAUAAAGAAAUAACCCGCUCGUAGAUGAAGCUAGCGAUUUUUUUCAUCUUAGUGGCUGCUGUGGUUGGUAGUACCACAGGAGAAUUAUCACCUCCUGAGAGAGUCUAUAAGAUCCUGAUGUUGCUCCCAGCCUCCUCCAGGAGUCACAGGAAUAUCUUCAUGCCUCUGGCUGAGGCUCUGGCUGACCGUGGACACAAGAUAGUGAUGUUGACCAACCACCCAAAGUCGUCCAAACAUCCUAACAUUCGCGAGGUCGACCACGACCUGCCACACUUCAAGGAGGACCAUAUAAACAUGUUCGACACUCGAAAUGGCUCGACUGGACUCAUACAGCUCUUCAAUACUGUUCUUCCAGCAAUGGCUAGAGACAUGUACAAAGUUCCCGUGGUGCUAGAACUUUACGACAGGAGGAAGGAAUUUGAUCUUAUAGUGGUAAAUCAUUUUUACAAUGAGCUUGCCUAUCCCUUCGUUCACGAGAUUCCCUUCAUCAGCCUCGCUACGCCAGGAAUGGACCCGCGUCAGAGCGCCGUUCUUGGUAAUGUCCUAAACCCUUCCUACGUCUCUGUCAUGCACGACUUGCCAAAACCCACAAACACAUGGGAACGUCUCCGCAAUGUUGUGUAUAGCAUUGGAAUGGCAUGGUUGUGGCGGAACUGGAACAUCGUUCCUCUAGUACAGAGAGAGAUCUCAGCACAGUUCCCGGAGCUGCCACCGUUGCUGGACCUGGAGAGGAACAUGAGUCUAGCGUUGCUCAAUAGUCAUUUUUCUAUCAGCACACCACUUCCUCUCCUGCCCUCACAGGUGGAGGUGGGCGCCAUGCACUGUCGCCCCGGCAACCCUCUGCCUCAGAAACUGGAGUCGUGGAUGACUGGAGCUGGAUCUGCUGGUGUUAUAUACUUCAGUCUGGGAUCUUUUACUCGCAGCACCUCAAUGCCGGUCCAGUACCGCGACCUCUUCAUCCAGGCUUUCCGCAGGCUGCCACAGCGAGUCAUCUGGAAAUACGAGGAAGAGCUGGAGGACGUCCCUGACAACGUGAUGAUCAGCAAGUGGCUUCCCCAGCAAGAUAUUCUUGCUCAAGGGAACGUGAAGGUGUUCAUCACACAAGGCGGCCUCGUCAGCCUGCAGGAAGCCAUCUACCACGCCACACCACUCCUCGCUCUGCCUGUCUACGGGGACCAGCCCAAAAACGGCAUAUUUAUAAGGAACUCUGGACUAGGAGACUUUCUGGUGUGGGAGGAGCUGACUCUGGAUAUGAUCGUUGACACUGUCACCAAAAUCUCUAACGACCCAAAGUAUAAAGAAAACAUAAUGAAGAUGUCAGUGCCGCUGAGGGAUCAACUUAUGACAUCCACGGAACUGGCAGUGUUCUGGACGGAGUACGUCAUCCGUCACAAAGGUGCGCCUCAGCUGAGGUCACCAGCGGCACAGCUCUCCUGGGUGGAGUUCCUCAUGCUGGACGUGAUCUUCCUCCUCCACCUGACUGUCUUCUUCCUCUACUUCAUAACACGUCGCAUCCUCAGAGUUAUCUAUGCUAAAAUCUUCAGCAGUGAUAUCAAGAUGAAGAAAAAAAACGAUUAAUAGUUCAUUUCUUGUAUUACAUGGAUUAGAAAUGUCUUCUAACAGGUAGAAGGUUUAGAAAUUUCCAACUAUUAUCUAUCUGAUUCAAUGUUUGGUAAUGGGACUUAUACUGGAAUCAUUAAAAUCUGAUAUAAUAA